ACCUGCCCAAGAAUCCCACUCUAUUCGAAUAACACAGUUUUAUUAUAUAUAUAGUCUUCUUUUCAUUCUGUUCUCUCAAAUCAUAUCUGGUUGUUUCAGUGUUUGGAGGUCAGGAAAAAACAAAAAUCUCAAAGAGAAACAUAAUGGGUAGAGGGAAAAUUGAGAUAAAGAAGAUAGAAAAUCUGAACAGCCGUCAGGUCACGUUUUCAAAACGGCGAAGUGGGUUGCUCAAGAAGGCCAAAGAACUCUCGGUUUUAUGUGAUGCUGAGGUUGCAGUCAUAAUUUUCUCUAGCACAGGGAAACUCUAUGAAUUUUCCAACACUAGCAUGGAACACACCCUGUCAAGAUACAGCAGGGGCUUGGAAAUGGAUUAUCCACAACAUUCUUCAGAUGACCUUGCAGUAGAGCAGGCGCCAGAUGAUGUGAAUGCAUUGAAGAAUGAAUUGGCAAAGCUACGUGUGGCAUACUUGCGAAUGCUGGGUAAGGACCUGGAGGACUUGAGCUUGAAAGAGCUGCAGAUCCUAGAGGAUCAGAUGAGUGAAGGGAUAUUAGCUGUGAAGGACAAGAAGGAGGAAGUUCUUUUGGAGCAACUUAAGAAGUCCAAAAUACAGGAACAAAAGGCCCUGCUAGAGAAUGAGGCUCUACACAAACAGCUUGAUGAAAUACGGCGAACCUGCAAAUCACCUUUCCUCGAAUUCAACCCUUUGGAGAAGAAGUUUUUACUCUCAGGUUCAAAAGCUGUUUCUACCUCUGCAUCUGAGGAAAAUGAACAUUCAGACACUUCUUUGCAUUUGGGAUUGUCCACAGAAGUUCGUCGCAAGAGAAAAUCACAAAAGAUUGAUCACACAUGCAAUGACUCAGGGAGUCAAGUGGCCUCGGGGUGAUAUAUUUGUUAAGAAGUUACUGUCUUGCAGUUAAAAGUUUUAUCUAGUUAGUUUCAGCUAUAAAAUAGUUAAUUUUCUUCUUUGACAUAUAGUGGUAGAUGUCUUGAACUAAAUUGAGGUGUUUUAGAUUUCUGUAAAUGCUAAGGCUAAUAAGGCAUUUCAACAAAAUUUUCAGUUCAUUUGAUGCGCUAGGGUGGUAAUGCAAAAUGCAGAUUCCCCUAAUAUAAUGUGGGAAACUGAAAGAUUAAUAUAUAUAUAUUUUUUAAAUGCCUUGAA